AAGCCGUAAAAUACAAAAAGGUGGAUUCUUGCGCGAACGAACAGUACCGGCUCUCUCUCUCCCUCCACUCGACCCGGGAAGCCACCCUCCCAACUUGGCACGCACGAGCGAGAGCGGGAAGCUGCCGAUGACGGCGAACGAGAGGGUUGCCGUUCAAGCUUCCCAUUCCCGUCGUCUCAAGAAACGCAAGCGAGUUAAGUUGAAGCGAAGCAGGGGAAAGCGUGGGGAUUGUGCCCUUAUCAGUCCUCUAGUCAAGAAGUACUGGUUGCAAAGAUAUCACCUGUUCUCGAGGUAUGAUGAAGGUGUCGAGUUGGACGAGGAAGGGUGGUAUUCUGUCACUCCUGAGGAGAUUGCCAUCCGACAUGCAGAGAGAUGUCGUGGAAAAACUGUGAUUGAUUGCUUUGCUGGUGUUGGGGGCAAUGCCAUUCAGUUUGCUAUACUAUGUCACCAUGUUAUUGCAAUUGAUAUUGAUCCUCAAAAAAUUGCAUUGGCUCUUCAUAAUGCCAAAGUGUAUGGGGUAGAAGACCGUAUUGAUUUUGUUGUUGGGGACUUCUUCCAACUUGCUCCAUCACUGAAGGGUGAUGUUGUUUACCUUUCACCUCCGUGGGGUGGCCCAUCAUACAAAAUGAUUCAGCAAUUUAAUCUUGAUCUGCUCAAGCCAAAAGACGGCUAUUCAGUAUUUCAAGCUGCUCAGAGGAUAACACCAAAUAUCGUCAUGUUUCUUCCCCGCAACAUGGACUUAAGCCAAGUGGAAGAGCUCUCUUGGCUUUCUUCUCCUCCUUUACAUGUUGAGAUUGAAGAAAAUUAUGUGGAUGGCAAAUUCAAGGGCAUAACUGCUUACUUCAGCAAUGUUGCAUGGAGGGAGGCCUGACCGUCAUGCUCUCCCAGGCCGUUGCCAUGGCUAACUCAUUAAACUGGAUCAACUAGUAAUUUUUUUUUUAACCGGAGCAUAGCAUUUCGGUGCCAUGCGGCUGAUGUUCAGAGAAUUUUUUCAGCAGUUCAUGACCAAGUAGAAUUUGAUAUGCCUGGCCAAGAAUAGAUUUUUCCUGGAUGGUCAUUCUUGUAGGGAUUGUUUUUAGAGUCUUGCCAUUUGAAAGCUUUUCUGGUGAGAAAAAAUCACCUCGAUUGGCAUUCUCAAAAGGGUUUGGCUUUGGACAAGGUGAUGAAAAAUUGCUGAAUGCUGACCGGUGGUAGACGAAAAAGCUAUCACGCCAUGUUUAGCAGGAACGAUGGUGACUGAAGAAGAAAAUAUAACUGUGUGCGGUGGCUGGUAUUCAUACUGCUAGUCAAAAUAUGUGCGGUUUGAUGCCAUUUGAUUGACUUCGGUGACUUGUCCAUAUGCAAGGGGGAAAGGAUGUAAACAAUUCAUAGUCUACUGAUAUAAAAACAUGUUUAUUUGUAAAAA